AACAGAAAUCACUCAACACCAACAAGAAGAAAAGAAAAGUAUCCUUCCCUUCUCUGUUUCAAGUCUAGUACUUUCUUCUUUCUUGAUCUCCUCAAUCAUCAAUGGCGGUGACAGCAGUAGCCCCACCAUCAUCAGCCGCUAAUCUUCGGCCACUCCAACGCCACCCCUCCUUUUCUCCCAGUCCCCGGUUUUCCCGUCGAUUUCCCGCCAAACAGUCCCUUACUAUCGUCGCCAUGGCUCCCCAGAAGAAGGUGAACAAGUACGAUGAUGGAUGGCAGAAAAAAUGGUUUGGGGCAGGGAUCUUUUACGAAAGCAGUGAAGAAUUGGAAAUGGACGUGUUCAAGAAACUAGAGAAGAGAAAAGUGCUUAGCAAUGUAGAAAAGGCAGGCUUGCUAUCCAAAGCAGAAGAGCUUGGAAUCACUUUAUCAUCAAUAGAGAAGUUGGGUGUGUUUUCAAAAGCAGAAGAGUUGGGUUUGUUGAGUCUGUUAGAGAAGACAGCUAGCCUCUCGCCCUCAAUUCUGGCCUCAGCUGCACUUCCUGUAUUCGUGGCUGCGCUGGCUGCUGUUGUGAUUAUACCAGAUGAUUCGGUGGGUUUGGUGGCUGCGCAAGCUGUGUUGGCAGGAACUCUUGUUGUUGGUGCUGCUGGGCUUUUUGUUGGCUCUGUUGUUCUUGGUGGAUUGCAAGAAGCUGACUGAUUACUUAUUUUUUUCCUGGACAUAUUUUGCUUCCUCUUUUUUUUUGUAUGUUAAUUUUUCUGUUGUGGGAUAGGAGGAGAAUAAUUGUGGAGUGUAUAUGAGCAAGGGAAUGAAAUGUUGCAGGUUAGGAAGAGGAUAUAACUUGUAUGAUUUUGCAUUAAUCAAAGACUCAAAGAUAAUCUGUAAGCAAAAGAAAAAGGAUUCAAAGAGAAUCAUAAUUAGUUAUUUAAA